AUGAGUUCGGACGCGGAGAUGUCUGUGUUCGGCGAGGCCGCACCUUUCCUGCGCAAGCCGGAGCGGGAGAGAAUUGAGGCGCAGAACAAGAAGUUUGACGCCAAGACGGCCGUUUAUGUCACCGAUGCCAAAGAGCUGUAUGUCAAAGGCACACUCCAGAGCAAAGAGGGCGGCAAAGCCACCGUGAACACUGAGGCGGGCGAGACUGUUACAGUAAAAGAGGACGAAGUCUUCCCCAUGAACCCACCGAAAUAUGAUAAAAUUGAGGACAUGGCCAUGAUGACCCACCUCAAUGAGGCUUCUGUGCUGUACAAUCUCAAAGAGCGUUACGCAGCUUGGAUGAUCUAUACCUACUCAGGACUCUUCUGCGUGACUGUGAACCCCUACAAGUGGCUUCCAGUGUACGCCCAGUCAGUUGUGGUCGCCUACAGGGGCAAGAAGCGUCAGGAGGCUCCCCCUCACAUCUUUUCCAUCUCAGACAACGCCUAUCAGUUCAUGCUGACAGAUAGGGAGAACCAGUCAAUUCUGAUCACAGGAGAAUCCGGUGCAGGCAAGACUGUGAAUACUAAGCGUGUCAUCCAGUACUUUGCAACAAUUGCAGUGUCUGGCGGUGACAAAAAGAAAGAGUCUUCAGUUUCUGGCAAAAUACAGGGAACGCUGGAAGAUCAAAUCAUCUCAGCCAAUCCUCUCCUGGAGGCUUUUGGGAAUGCCAAGACAGUCAGGAAUGACAACUCCUCCCGUUUCGGCAAAUUUAUAAGAAUUCAUUUUAAAACUUCAGGAAAACUGUCUUCCGCUGAUAUUGAAACUUAUCUGCUGGAGAAGUCCAGGGUCACAUUCCAGCUUUCCGCAGAGAGAAGCUAUCACAUUUUCUACCAGAUCAUGUCAAACAGAAAGCCUGAACUCAUAGAAACUCUUCUCAUCACCACCAACCCUUAUGAUUUCCCAUUUGUCAGCCAAGGGGAGCUCAGUGUCGCCAGCAUCAAUGACAGCGAUGAACUGAUGGCCACUGAUAGUGCUGUGGACAUUCUAGGCUUCAGCGGCGAAGAGAAAAUAAGCAUUUACAAGCUGACUGGAGCAGUGAUGCACCAUGGGAACAUGAAGUUCAAGCAGAGGCAGCGAGAGGAGCAGGCUGAGCCUGACGGCACUGAGGUUGCUGACAAAGCGGCGUACCUCAUGGGCCUCAACUCGGCUGAUUUACUCAAAGCCCUGUGCUGCCCACGAGUUAAGGUCGGAAAUGAGUAUGUGACCAAAGGUCAAACUGUCCACCAGGUGUACAAUUCCAUUGGAGCACUGGCCAAGUCAGUUUACGAGAAAAUGUUCCUGUGGAUGGUGAUACGCAUAAAUCAAAUGCUGGAUACCAAGCAGCCCAGGCAGUUCUACAUUGGCGUCCUGGACAUAGCCGGGUUUGAAAUCUUUGAUUAUAACAGUCUGGAGCAGCUGUGCAUUAACUUCACCAACGAGAAACUGCAACAGUUUUUCAACCACCACAUGUUUGUGCUUGAACAAGAGGAAUACAAGAAGGAGGGGAUUGAGUGGGAUUUUAUUGACUUUGGGAUGGACUUGGCUGCCUGUAUCGAGCUUAUUGAGAAGCCAAUGGGGAUCUUCUCCAUCCUUGAAGAGGAAUGCAUGUUUCCAAAGGCAUCAGAUACCACCUUCAAGAACAAACUCUACGACCAGCAUCUGGGCAAAUCAAACAAUUUUCUAAAGCCAAAGGUGGUGAAAGGCAAGGCGGAGGCCCACUUCUCCCUCGUGCACUACGCUGGCACCGUGGACUACAACAUCACUGGCUGGCUGGACAAGAACAAAGAUCCUCUUAAUGAGACGGUUGUGCAACUUUAUCAGAAGUCCUCCAUGAAACUGCUGGCUUUCCUUUACUCCAGUUAUGCCGCCACUGAGGAAAAUGCUGCUGCUGGCGGGGCUGCUGGGGGGAAGAAGGCCUCCAAGAAAAAGGGUUCUUCCUUCCAGACAGUCUCAGCUGUCUUCAGGGAAAAUCUUGGAAAGCUGAUGGCUAACUUGAAGUGUACCCAUCCACAUUUUGUGAGGUGUCUUAUUCCUAAUGAAACAAAGACACCAGGUGUGAUGGACAAUCAUCUGGUUAUCCACCAGUUAAGGUGUAAUGGUGUUCUAGAGGGCAUCAGAAUCUGCAGGAAGGGCUUUCCAAGCAGAAUCUCAUAUGGGGAUUUCAAGCAGAGAUACAAAAUAUUGAAUUCCAGCGUUAUCCCAGAGGGUCAGUUCAUGGACAACAAGAAAGCCUCAGAGAAGCUCUUGGGGUCGAUUGAUGUGGACCACAAUCAGUACAAAUUGGGACAUACAAAGGUGUUCUUCAAGGCCGGUCUGCUCGGGACCCUGGAGGAGAUGCGGGACGACAGACUGGCCGCCCUCAUCACCACCACUCAGGCUCUGUGCCGAGGCUUCCUCAUGAGGGCCGAGUAUUGCAAGAUGACUGAGAGAAGAGAAGCCAUCUACACCAUCCAAUACAACAUCCGCUCGUUCAUGAACGUGAAACACUGGCCAUGGAUGAAGCUCUACUUUAAGAUCAAGCCCCUGCUGAAGAGUGCAGAGACGGAAAAGGAAAUGGCCACAAUGAAGGUGGAGUUCACCAAGUGCAAGGAUGACCUGACCAAAGCAGAGACCAAGAGAAAAGAGCUGGAAGCUAAACUAGUGACCCUACUCCAGGAGAAGAACGACUUACAGCUACAAGUUCACAGCGAGACUGAGGGCCUUGCAGAUUCUGAGGAGAGGUGUGAGGGCUUGAUCAAGAGUAAAAUACAACUUGAGUCCAAGAUGAAAGAGCUGAGCGAGAGAGUUGACGAAGAGGAGGAGGUGAAUGCUGAGCUGGCAUCCAAGAAGAGAAAGCUGGAGGAUGAGUGCUCCGAGCUAAAGAAAGACCUAGACGACAUGGAGCUGACACUAGCUAAAAUGGAGAAGGAAAAGCAUGCAACAGAAAACAAGGUGAAAAAUCUCACAGAGGAGCUGGCUGGUAUGGAUGAGAGUGUUGCCAAACUUUCGAAGGAGAAGAAAGCACUCCAAGAGGCACACCAGCAAGCACUUGAUGAUCUCCAAGCAGAGGAAGACAAAGCCAACACUCUGUCGAAGGCCAAAGUUAAACUUGAACAACAAGUUGACGAUUUGGAAGGUUCUUUGGAGCAAGAGAAAAAAAUUCGCAUGGAUCUUGAAAGAGCCAAAAGGAAGCUGGAGGGGGAUCUGAAGCUGACUCAUGAGUCCAUAAUGGAUCUGGAGAAUGACAAGCAGCAGUUAGAUGAAAAACUUAAAAAAAAAGAUUUUGAAGUGAGUCAGCUCCUGAGUAAGAUUGAAGAUGAGCAAAGUUUGGGAAACCAGCUGCAGAAGAAGAUCAAAGAACUCCAGGCUCGAAUCGAGGAACUAGAGGAGGAGAUCGAAUCCGAGCGCGCCACCAAAGCCAAAGUGGAGAAACAAAGAUCUGACCUGUCCAGGGAACUCGAGGAGAUCAGCGAGAGGCUCGAGGAGGCCGGCGGCGCCACCGCGGCCCAGAUCGAGAUGAACAAGAAGCGUGAGGCUGAGUUGCACAAGCUGCGACGUGCCCUGGAGGAGUCCACCCUGCAGAACGAGGCCACCGCAGCCAGUCUGCGCAAGAAGCACCAGGACACGGUCGCCGAACUGGCCGAGCAAAUCGACAACCUCCAACGCGUCAAACAAAAACUGGAGAAGGAGAAAAGUGAAUACAAAAUGGAGAUUGAUGACUUGGUUAACAAUAUGGAAUCUGUGGCCAAAUCAAAGGGCAACUUUGAGAAGUUAUGCCGCAACUUAGAAGACCAGCUCAGCGAAUACAAAGCAAAACAUGACGAAAACACCCGUCAGAUCAAUGACAUCAAUGCCCAAAGGUCAAGACUUCAAACUGAAAACGGUGAGUUUUCCCGUCAGCUUGAGGAGAAAGAAGCAACGGUCUCUCAGAUGUCUCGAUAUAAGCAAACCUUCAGUCAGCAGAUUGAAGAUCUGAAGAGGCAGGUUGAAGAGGAAACAAAGGCCAAAUGUGCCCUUGCCCAUGCUGUUCAGUCUGCCCGCCAUGACUGUGAGCUGCUCAGAGAGCAGUAUGAGGAGGAGCAGGAGGCCAAGGGCGAGCUGAAGAAGGGCAUGUCCAGGGUUAACGGAGAGGUGGCGCAGUGGAGAACCAAAUACGAGACUGAUGCCAUUCAGCGCACUGACGAGCUAGAGGAGGCCAAAAAAAAGCUUGCUCAGCGCCUGCAGGAGGCUGAGGAAUCCAUCGAGGCUGUGAACGCUAAGUGCUCCUCGUUAGAGAAGACCAAGCAGAGACUGCAGGGGGAAGUGGAAGACCUCAUGGCAGAUGUGGAGAGGGCAAAUGCCCAAGCAGCUGUCCUUGAUAAAAAGCAAAGGAAUUUUGAUAAGAUUGUUGCGGAGUGGAAGCAGAAGUAUGGGGAGAGCCAGGCGGAGCUGGAGGGGACCCAGAAAGAGAGCCGUUUCCUCAGCACAGAGCUCUUCAAGAUGAAGAACUCCUACGAGGAGGCUCUGGACCAUCUGGAGACCCUGAAAAGGGAAAACAAGAACCUCCAGCAGGAAAUUUCUGAUCUCACGGACCAUCUAGGAGAAAAUGGGAAAACCAUUCAUGAGCUUGAGAAGUCCAAGAAGCAAACUGACUCGCAGAAGUCUGAUAUCCAAACUGCCUUAGAGGAGGCUGAGGCAUCACUGGAGCAUGAAGAAUCCAAGAUCCUUCGCAUCCAGUUAGAGCUCACCCAGGUGAAAUCUGAGGUGGAGAGGAAGGUCUCGGAGAAAGAUGAGGAAAUCGAGCAGAUCAAGCGAAACAACCAAAGGGUCAUAGAGACCAUGCAGUCCACCUUGGACGCAGAGAUUCGAAGCAGGAAUGACGCCCUGCGCAUCAAGAAGAAGAUGGAGGGAGACCUAAAUGAGAUGGAGAUUCAGCUGAGCCAUGCCAACCGGCAGGCUGCGGAAUGUCAGAAGCAGCUGAGAAAUGUCCAAGUUCAAGUCAAGGAUAUGACCAUUCACCUUGAUGAAGCCAUCAGGUCUCAAGAUGACCUGAAGGAGCAGGUGGUCAUGGUGGAGCGCAGGAACACCCUCAUGCAGGCCGAGAUCGAGGAGCUGAGGGCAGCCCUGGAGCAGACGGAGAGAAGCCGUAAAAUUGCAGAGCAGGAGCUGGUGGAUGCCAUCGAGCGAGUGGGACUUCUGUACACUCAGAACGUUAGUCUGGUCAACACUAAAAAGAAGCUGGAAACGGACGUGAAUCACCUGCAGGGUGAGGUGGAGGAUGCUGUCCAAGAGGCCAGGAAUGCUGAGGAGAAGGCCAAAAGGGCCAUCACUGAUGCGGCCAUGAUGGCCGAGGAGCUCAAGAAAGAACAGGACACCAGUGGCCACUUGGAGCGCAUGAAGAAGAACCUUGAAAUCUCAGUCAAAGACCUGCAGCUGCGUCUGGAUGAGGCAGAGAACAUGGCUUUGAAAGGGGGGAAGAAACAGCUUCAGAAAUUGGAGGCCAGGGUCCGUGAAUUGGAAAACGAGCUUGAUGCUGAACAAAAACGUGGGGCGGAAGCCAUCAAAAGUAUUCGCAAAUACGAGAGGAGAGUGAAGGAGCUCACCUAUCAGACUGAGGAGGACAAGAAGAACGUCCAGCGCCUUCAAGAUCUGGUGGACAAGCUUCAGCUGAAAGUGAAAGGUUACAAACGACAGGCAGAGGAAGCUGAAGAACAGGCUAACACUCACCUGUCCAAGGUCAGGAAGCUGCAACAUGAGCUGGAGGAAGCUGAGGAGAGGGCUGACAUCUCUGAGUCUCAAGUCAACAAACUAAGAGUCAAAAGCCGUGAUGUCAGCAAGCCUGAACCUUAAUGGAGGAUUCUGAGGUGGAUUUGAACCUCCCUCUUCUGCAUGAAGUAGAGCUACUUAAUGGGAGUUUGAUCAAGUUCAAUCAACAUCUAUAGAUCACUGAAUCUGAAUGGUAGGAAACAGUUAGCUUU